AUGCUGCAUCCGUGCUCAAAGAGAUCAUCCUGGGAGUUUGCCGUGGCUCGUCUCACCGAUGCGUGUCCCUCCUCAGGGGUCCUGGUCGGCGUGGUCCUGCGCUACGGCAUCCAUGUCCCCAGCGACGUCAACAACGUGACGCUGAGCUGCCAAGUGCAGACCAGUCCCACCACGCUGCUGGUGAAUGUCAGCGGAAAGUACUACGAGUACACCCUGAAGGGGGAAAUCAGCUCCCAGGAGCUCAAUAACGUCCAGGAUAAUGAGAUGCUGAGAAAGGUUACUUUUGAUCCUGAAGUAUUUUUCAACAUUUUGCUUCCUCCAAUUAUAUUUUAUGCAGGCUACAGCUUGAAAAGGAGGCACUUUUUCAGAAACUUGGGAUCCAUCCUAGCAUACGCUUUUCUCGGCACUGCAAUUUCCUGCCUGGUGAUCGGCUCUGUCGUGUAUGGCUGCGUGGCGCUGAUGAAAGUCACUGGGCAGCUCGGGGGAGACUUCUACUUCACUGACUGCCUCCUGUUCGGUGCCAUCGUAUCGGCUACUGACCCAGUGACUGUUCUUGCCAUAUUCCAUGAACUCCAGGUUGAUGUUGAGCUGUAUGCCCUUCUCUUUGGCGAAAGCGUCCUCAAUGAUGCCGUUGCCAUAGUGCUGUCUUCCUCAAUUGUUGCGUACCAGCCGGCGGGCGACAACAGCCACACAUUUGAUGUCACAGCGAUGUUUAAGUCCAUCGGGAUCUUCCUGGGGAUAUUCAGUGGAUCUUUUGCAAUGGGAGCAGCUACUGGAGUUGUGACAGCUUUAGUCACCAAGUUCACCAAACUUCGGGAGUUCCCGUUGCUGGAGACCGGCCUGUUCUUCUUGAUGUCCUGGAGCACGUUCCUGCUGGCCGAAGCGUGUGGCUUUACAGGUGUGGUGGCCGUGCUCUUCUGCGGGAUCACGCAGGCCCAUUAUACCUAUAACAACUUAUCUACAGAGUCCCAACACAGAACUAAGCAGUUGUUUGAGCUUCUGAAUUUCUUGGCAGAAAACUUCAUCUUCUCCUACAUGGGACUUGCACUGUUCACCUUCCAGAACCACGUCUUUAACCCUACCUUUGUGGUGGGGGCUUUCCUUGCUAUCUUCCUAGGAAGAGCUGCCAAUAUUUACCCACUGUCAUUUUUACUGAAUUUGGGAAGAAGAAAUAAGAUUGGAACAAAUUUACAGCAUAUGAUGAUGUUUGCUGUCGGUGUGGACGCCGAUCAGGAGAACGUGGGCGUCCCGGAGAGUGAGAGGAGGAGUACGAAGGCAGAAAGCGCCUGGCUCUUCCGCAUGUGGUACAACUUCGAUCACAACUAUCUAAAGCCUCUGCUGACGCACAGCGGUCCUCCUCUUACGACCACGCUCCCGGGGUGCUGUGGUCCUAUUGCCCGGUGCCUGACGAGUCCACAGGCGUACGAAAAUCAAGAGCAGCUGAAGGACGAUGACUCUGACCUCAUUUUGAAUGACGGGGACAUCAGUCUGACCUACGGGGAUUCCACCGUCAACACCGACUCUGUCGCAUCCAGCGGCACGUCGCGGCGGUUCGUGGGAAACAGCUCUGAAGAUGCGCUCGAUCGAGAGCUUGCUUUUGGGGACCAUGAACUCGUAAUCCGGGGAACGCGCCUGGUCCUUCCCAUGGACGAUUCGGAGCCACCGUCAAACGUCCUGGAUAACGCAAGACAUGGUCCAGCAUAAGGUUGCUUGGUUUAAUUGACAGUAGUAUUUGCAUAUAUGAUCAAGAAAUAUGUACUACCUAAAGUCUAAUGCAUGUCUCAAAAUGUCUAAGCUGUAUAAAUAUUAUUUAUAUGGUGUCAGAAGAAUAUAAAUAUUCUCUGCCAAGCACUUGUAAAGAACAAGCUGCAAAUUUAAGUUAAAAACUGUGUUGACUGCACUGUGUAGGGUGGAACUGUUUUAGCAUAAGAGUCUUUUGCACACAGUGAGCUUCUUUAAUGUGUGAUUUGACGAAGGUUUUAGUUCCCAGUCAGGUAAGUAAAG